AUGGACUUCACCAAGGCGGGCAUAGCAAGAAAGUUGCAAUUAGAGGAACUCGAAUGUCUUAGGAUUGAGGCCUAUGAGAAUGCAAGGAUUCAUAAGGAGAAGACUAUGACAUUUCAUGAUCACCAUAUCUGCAAGAAAGACUUCCAAGAGGGUGAUGAAGUUCUUCUAUACAAUUCAAGACUUAGAUUCUUGCCCGGAAAGCUCCGUUCAAGGUGGGAUGGUCCUUUUAAGGUGAAGGAAGUGAAGCCCUAUGGAGUGGUUGAGCUAUUUCACCCUCAAAGUGGUGCAACAUUCAAAGUCAACGGACACAGGAUAAAGAAGUAUCAUAGUUAUAAGUCACCAAAGGAAUUGGAGGUGUUCCUUCUUGAGGAUGCACCCAGAGGAGGAGAGUCUUAA